CACUUCCUUAUUAGAUUUUACUAUAUAAGAAUGGUUAGAUUCUAAUGCCUUUAGUCCAAUUAAUUUACGAGAAAUCAUAGAACUGUGAGAGCAACAUUAAAUGGGUCGUUUCGUGCUUCUUCACUACUUUGUUGCCAUUCUUAUUUCAAUUGGUAUAACCUGUGCUACGACUGACUACUGUCGGCCAGAACUCUGCGAUAAUGUUGAUGGUGCUCCUCAUAUCGGAUGUGGAAAUAACGGCCUAUGGGGUCCAAAAUGCUACGGUCGACCCGUAAUCCAUCCGAUGACCUCGAAAUUGAGAGCAUUAAUUUUAAAAAAGCACAACAUCGCUCGUAACAAAAUAGCUUUGGGAAUCGUUCCGGGGUAUCUAUCGGCCGAUAAAAUGCUUGAAAUGUCCUGGAACAAGGAACUGGAGAUUAUAGCUAUGCUUAACGUUAAAACUUGUAUAUAUGGUCACAAUCCAUGUAGCAACACAGACAAGCAUCGUUAUGUCGGUCAAAACAUAGCGAUGAGAAUAUACAGCAAGAAUUACGUGAUAGAAACCACAGAUGUAACAAUAAGCUCGUUUAUUGAUUUAUGGUUUAAUGAGUAUGUGAAUUGCAGCAUGUCUUAUAUAAACAACUAUGGGCCCAACGAGAACGUAAAGAUUGGUCAUUUUACCCAAAUUGUUCAAUCGAGAGCUAAAAAAAUCGGUUGUGCUGCAGCAACAUUUCCGUCCGAAGAUGGCUAUUUCACCCAAUUCUAUUUGGUGUGCAAUUAUUCAUUCGGUAAUGUGAUUGGUGAACCAACAUACUGCGUUGGACCGACAGCUUCUAAGUGUCACUUUGGUCGAAGUAUAUCGUACAGAGGACUUUGUAGCACGAAAAAGAAGAAGCAUGGCGUUAGAAAUUUAAUUGAUUAAUUGGGGGAUUGGGUAGGUUUAUGAGUUCUUUAUAAAUUCAUUAAAUUUGAUACCUCGAGCUUAGUGUUUUAUGUCGUCUAUCGUAGCGGGUGGAUUUUUUUCGAAACCCGACCCAACUCAACCAUUCAACACGACGCGAACACAACCCGAAUUAUAUUUUUUUAAACCCGACGUUCUAACAAGCUUCCUUCGACAAGCUUCGGUAGGAGAGAACUAUUGAUAACAAGAGAACGAUGUUCUGGCUUAUAAAUACGAUGUGAUACAUGUCUCAGUAGACCUCAGGUUGCAUCAUAAAACUAGGGAUAAAAAUAUGAAAAGUAAAGUUUUUGUGAGAAUUUCGUUGAUCCGAGGCGAACCAGAGCUCAAUAAACACACGAAAACGAAGCUUUUCAUUUUUAUCCCAAGUUAUGGAAUGGAGUUUACAUGCUAAGGGCUUCGUGAGUAAUACAUAACUGAAACAUGCUUAGAAUGGUUUCCGAUGCAUGUAGCGUAUAAAAUAUAUUGUGGAAGUCUACUGAUAAAAGUUUCAAAUAACCCACUCAUAUCUAGCCUAUCGUAAGGUUAGUGUGACUUUUCUACUUCAUUUAUGAGGACAAUGGACUCAUCACACCUCUCGUUCCUUUAUUUCAAUGAUCGGAAAUGUUUUCAAUCAAUAUUUCAUUGCCAUCAAAACCACCCACAACGAACGAGCUGAACAUUGUGCGACCCUUUAACAUUUUUAGUUAAACUCAUAAAAUCAAACCAUGAAUAAGAGAGAUAUGGACAUUUAAGCAAAGUCCCAUGAUUUCACGACUAUUAUUAUUAUUAUUUCAAGCGUUUAAGAAAAUUAUUGUUAGGUUGAAGGUUCUAUAGAUAUACGCUCUGUUCGAACUAAAUGGAAAAUGGAAUGUUUAUAGAAUUUUGUAGCAAACGAAAUCAUUCAGUGAAAUUGUUCAAAGUUGUGUACCGAAUGUUUGCAUUUAUAUAUCUAUAUAGGAAAACGUAAUAGACCAUAUAACCCAUCGUACAGCACAAGCUAAAAACGAUAAAAUAAUUUUAUAUCUUCACAAUGUUUAUAAGAAGGAAACAAAAAAAAAAAAACAAAAAAAAAUCAACAUGACCAAUAAGUUCGUUCAUAAUCUCUGUAUGUACACUACUGCAAUUAUAGCAUAGGAUUUAUGAUUGUUGCAAAGCUUUGGGGCACGAAACAUUUUAUUAUCCAAUUCAAGCGACUUUAAUAUUAUUUUAUGCAUUUUAUUUUAUUUAUUAUUUUUUUCCUCUCCUAUACUUUUUUUGUGGUUGGUUAGCUGUCUUACGACGGAACGGUGCAACGAAAAUCCAAAAC